AUGUCCUUACUCCGGAUUUCCUUUCUGUAGACCUACUGUAUCAGAAUCUGUACUCCAUGGUUGUUGUCAGGCGUUGUUUGGUACUGUAGCCAAGGUAUCGGCGUUGGGUUGUGUUGUGCUGCGGUGGUAUUGUGAAUCGUUCUUGUGGUUUGCUGCUCGAGUUGUAGGUCUAGUGAGCGAUGAGGGUGGUAACUAGGCUUCGACCAUUUUUUGUGAGAGGUGUGUGACCUCUUCCAAGAUUCCGUUCUCGAAAUGGUGAUGCUCGUACGAUUCCGUCCUACGUUUCCUACGCUACCUCAGCGACUUUCUCACUGCGAUGUCUAAGCGACAAUGUUACAGCUUCCAAAUUACUUCUGUCUAACCCUGCUUACACAUUCAUCUCCAGUCGAGUCCUGGCCGUAGAAAACGAGCGGAGUCGCUAGUCCAGAUUCUCGCCUUUCAUCUCAAAACAAUAAACGCUUUAUUCUCUAGGAUGUUCUUGGUGUCGCCACCGACCUUUCGAGAUUUGAUCCUGAGCGAUUCUGGAGUGCUGCUAUCCCUACAGCUGCGUCCAUGGGAGGCUGUCUGGGAACCAGCAAGAAGCACCCGCCACAGCAAGCGACUUUAGAUCAGAAAAGCGAGGAUGAAGCCCCGGCCAGGCCUCGGCCCACUCGCCCUACUCGCAGUCGGGCGGAAGCAGCAGCUGCCGCGUGUCUCCCUCCCCGCUCACCCAAGCACUACUACCGGAAAACGGAUGACGUCACGGCGAGAACGAAUGACGUCACGGCGAGAACGGAUGACGUCACGACAGCAGCCGCUGGAGUCGAUCAUGGCAGGCAGAAUGGGUCGAAUGACGUCACGCCGAACGGAGAGCAGAGCGCUGUUGAGAAAAGGCCCUUGGAUCGGGAUGGUGCUGCGCGCCACAGCACCGCCAGCAGCAGCAGCAGCAGCAGUCACCGUCGCCACAGCACCGCCAGCAGCAGCCGCAAACGUCGCCACGUCCCCAAGCACGCUCGCCUGAACCCACGAGAUGGCCGCCUGAGCCCCCGUUAGAGUCACAUUUUGGAAAAGUGACAGCCAGAGCGGCAGUGAGAGAGGGUGAAAGACGACUUUCAGAGGUGCCUGGAGAGGAAACUCGGGAGACGAACGUUGCUUCGCGAGGGACGAGCUCGAAUGUAGGGACGUUUCCCAAAGAGAGA